AUGAUUGAUCAGUAUAAACAUCAACAACUCCGAAUUGGAUCAGUUUCUCCUCAACAAAUAAGUGCUUGGGCAAAAAAAAUCCUACCUAAUGGAGAGAUAGUGGGGGAGGUAACAAAACCCUAUACUUUUCAUUACAAAACCAAUAAACCCGAAAAAGAUGGAUUAUUUUGUGAAAGAAUUUUUGGGCCUAUAAAAAGUGGGAUUUGUGCUUGUGGAAAUUAUCGAGUAAUCAGAGAUAAAAAGGACGACCCAAAAUUUUGUGAACAAUGCGGAGUAGAAUUUAUUGAUUCUCGGAUACGUAGAUAUCAAAUGGGCUAUAUAAAACUGGCAUGCCUAGUAACUCAUGUGUGGUAUUUGAAACGUCUUCCUAGUUAUAUCGCAAAUCUUUUAGAUAAAUCUCUAAAGGAAUUAGAAAGUCUAGUAUACUGCGAUUUUUCGUUUGCUAGACCCGUAGUUAAAAAACCCACUUUCUUACGAUUACGAGGUUCAUUCGAAUAUGAAAUCCAAUCUUGGAAACACAGCAUACCACUUUUUUUUACUACCCAAGGUUUUGAUAUAUUUCGAAAUCGAGAAAUUUCAAGUGGAGCGGGUGCUAUCCGAGAACAAUUGGCCGAUCUGGAUUUGAGAAUUCUUAUGGAUUCUUCGUUGAUAGAAUGGAAAGAAUUAGGGGAAGAGGGAUCCCCGGACAAUGAAAACGAAUGGGAAGAUCGAAAAGUUGGAAGAAGAAAGAAUUUUUUGGUUCGACGCAUAGAAUUAGCUAAGCAUUUUCUCCGAACAAAUAUAGAACCAGAAUGGAUGGUUUUAUGUCUUUUACCAGUUCUUCCUCCCGAAUUGAGACCGAUUAUUCAAAUCGAUGGGGGUAAACUAAUGAGCUCUGAUAUUAAUGAACUAUAUAGAAGAGUUAUCUAUCGGAAUAAUACUCUUAUCGAUUUAUUAACAACAAGUAGAUCUACUCCAGGAGAAUUAGUAAUGUGUCAGGAGAAAUUGGUACAAGAAGCCGUGGAUACACUUCUUGAUAAUGGAAUCCGCGGACAACCGAUGAGGGACGGUCAUAAUAAGGUUUACAAAUCAUUUUCUGAUAUAAUUGAGGGCAAAGAGGGAAGAUUUCGCGAGACUCUACUUGGGAAACGGGUUGAUUAUUCGGGUCGUUCUGUCAUUGUUGUAGGUCCAUCACUUUCAUUACAUAGAUGUGGAUUGCCCCGCGAAAUAGCAAUAGAACUUUUCCAGACAUUUCUAAUUCGUGGUCUAAUUCGAAAACAUUUUGCUUCGAACAUAGGAAUUGCUAAGAGUAAAAUUCGGGAAAAAGAACCGAUUGUAUGGGAAAUACUUCAAGAAGUUAUGCAGGGACAUCCCGUAUUGCUGAAUAGAGCGCCGACUCUGCAUAGAUUAGGUAUACAGGCAUUCCAACCCAUUUUAGUAGAGGGGCGUGCUAUUUGUUUGCAUCCAUUAGUUUGUAAGGGAUUCAAUGCAGACUUUGAUGGGGAUCAAAUGGCUGUUCAUGUGCCUUUAUCUUUAGAAGCUCAAGCAGAAGCUCGUUUACUUAUGUUUUCUCAUACGAACCUCCUGUCUCCGGCUAUUGGGGAUCCUAUUUCCGUACCAACUCAAGAUAUGCUUAUUGGACUUUACAUAUUAACGAGCGGGAAUCGUCGAGGUAUUUAUUCAAAUAGGUAUAAUCCACGGAAUUGCGGAAAUUUUAGAAAUCUUAAAAAUGAAAGAAUUCGAGAUAAUAACUAUAAGUAUACGAAAAAAAAAGAACCCUUUUUUUGUAAUUCCUAUGAUGCAAUUGGAGCUUAUCAACAAAAAAGAAUAAACUUCGAUAGUCCUUUGUGGCUCCGGUGGCGACUAGAUCAACGCAUUAUUUCGUCAAGAGAAGUUCCUAUCGAAGUUCACUAUGAAUCUUUAGGUACCUAUCAUGAAAUUUAUGAGCAUUAUCUAGUAGUAAGAAGUACAAAAAAAGAAAUUCGUUCUAUAUACAUUCGAACCAAUGUUGGUCAUAUUUCUUUUUAUCGAGAAAUCGAAGAAGCUAUACAAGGUUUUUGCCGGGCCUAUUCAUAUGAUAUCUAA